AUGACAUCAACAAAUGAUAUUGGACUUGCGACAGAACGUGUUCAAUGUUCAACUCCAAUCGAUUUAAAUGAGCUCAUUUGUUCAAUAAUAUGUGAAAAUAUUUUAUGGAAACCAGUCGCUUGUCAACAAUGUGAAACGCAUUUCUGUUCGAUGUGCAUCAGAAAAUGGUUAAUUAAAAAUCCAAAUAAAUGUCCGAUGCGAUGCGACAGUUUUAUUGAGCGAUCAUGUUCCAAAAUCAUUACCAGACAAUUGGCUAAAUUGCAAGUUGUUUGUAUCUAUCAGCCGAAUGGUUGUAAUGAGGUUGUUCCAUAUGAAGCACUCGAAAAACAUGAAAUGACAUGUGGAUAUCAAAUGAUAAAAUGUACUGCUUGUCGAAAAGAAAUAUUGAAAAAGAAUUUGACUGAACAUCAAUCACAAUGCCAGUUGAGUGUAACAACAUCUGCAGAUGUCAAUAUUAUUAAUAAGCAAAAUGACAUUCUUCAAUAUCAAUCUGAAAUAAUCUCUCUUAGAGAACAACUUCGACAACUUCGACAAGAAUCACAGCAUGAAAUUCAGCAACUCAAAGAACAAAUUCGACAAGGACAAAGUAAGAUACAAAAAAAUCGAAUGAAAAUAAUAUGUAUUGUGGAAACUCGAUCAAAUACAUGUGUUCUACAUAUUUAUUGA